UGUCCGGGCCCAAGUCGAAGGGGCUGGCCCUGGCCAUGACAGACUCCACAGCACUUCCUGGGAGCCCCUAAUGCCCGGUCUGUGAGGGGUGCCAUAGUGGGAGAGCAGCGUCCCGUGGGCAUGGCUCCCAGAGGUGCUGCAUGGUCCAGCCUGCUGGCCCUCGGGGCCUGUCCUCCUGCACAAACGCCUGCCUUGUGCCCAGCUGUGAGUGACUUGCCGCCCGUGUGUCCUGCUGCAGGUGCUCCCCACUGCCAACCAGUCCGUGCAGACGUGUUGCUUGCUAUGCCACCGAGAGCGCAAGGACUGGGGAGGCCCAUCUCACAACGGGCUGGUCUCCCCGGGCGAGAGGCUGCCUCCAGACUUCGUGCCAACGCUCGUGCAGAACCUGCUGGGAGAAAUGCCGCUGUGGAUCUGCCAGAGCUGCAGGAAGAGUGUGGAGGAGGAGGAGCGGCGGGCUGUCCAGGAGCAGGCCUUGGCGGUCUCGUUAUCGCACACGUCCUGCAAGUCCCAGUCUUGUGGCGGCGGCUCCCACUCCUCCUCUUCCUCCUCCUCUUCUUCCUCCUCCUCGUGCCACGGGAACUCAGGGGACUGGGAUCCCAGCUCCUUCCUGUCUGCUCACAAACUGUCGGGCCUCUGGAAUUCCCAGCACGCCAACGGAGCCACGCAGGGCAGCCCCUUAGGGGGGCCCCCUGCUGCACUAGGUGACAAGCACCCCAGCCUCCCGCUGGCUCCAGAGUGCAUCGGCCAGGCUCCCACUGCGGCGCCCGGGCUCAAGGCCUGUCCCUACAGCCACGCCGUCCCCCCAGCUUCCAGCGGGGCUGCCCCCGGUUCACCUCUGCCUACCUCACUCGACUUCUGUAAGACGCUUCCCAAGCAGUUCAAGAGCAUGUGCCGCAGGCCCACCCCGCCAGGUGAGGCCUUCCACUCCUUGGACCAUCACCGGCACCCAGACCUCGCCGCUCCUCCCAACAGCCCCACGGGGCUCCCCUCCCAGCCGCCGGCGCUGAUCUCCACCAAGCAGUCACCCGCCCACCCGAACACCUCACCGCAGGCAGUGCCGGCCCCUGCACCCAGCCCCCACACAGCCGCUGCCGAGUCCCCUCCUGCUGGCACCCUCUCGCACGGCCAGGCCUCCUGCAAGAGCCCUCACCUGCCCCCCGCCAACGUGCCGCUUCUGAAGAUGCCACCUCCGCUUUCAGGCUGUGCCCACCCCUGCAAUGGGCACUGCAGUGGCUCCCUGGUGCCACCAGCUGCCCCGCACCAGCUGCCCAGCACUAACAGGGACCCCGUGUGCAAAGGACACAAGUUCCCCAAUGGUACCAGCUGCCACCCGCCACAGUUAUGCGAGGCGGACGAGGGGCUCGGGGAAGAUGAGGACAGCAGCUCCGAGCGCAGCUCCUGCACCUCCUCCUCCACCAACCAGAAAGACGGGAAAUUCUGUGACUGCUGCUACUGUGAGUUCUUCGGCCACAACGCGCCCCCUGCGGCCCCCACGAGCCGGAACUAUGCCGAGAUCCGGGAGAAGCUGCGCUCCCGUCUCACCAAGAGGAAGGAGGAGCUGCCGCAGAAGCUGGGCCACAGCAGCAGCUCGGGGGAGCCGGCCGUGGAUCACCGGGACGUGGAUGAGCUCCUGGACUACAUCAACAGCUCGGAGCCCAAGCCCCUGAACAGCGCCAAGGCCGCCAAGCGGGCCCGGCACAAGCAGAAGAAGAAGGAGAAGGAGAAAGCCCAGCUGGAGGCGGAGGCCCAGAAGCGGGUGGCGCGCGGCCCUCUGGCUGGCCAGGACAGGGAACUGACGGAGGAGAAGCUCCUGGAGUGGCCCCAGCUGGAGCUGGAGCGGGUGAACAGCUUCCUCAGCAGCCGGCUGCAGGAGAUCAAGAACACCAUUAAGGACUCCAUCCGUGCCAGCUUCAGCGUCUACGACCUCAACCUGGACGUUGCUGACUUCCCCAAGAAGGCGGCCGUGCUGGAGCAGAAGACUCUGCUGUCCCACCUCAACGGCUCCUCGGGCCUGCAGGAGAUCGACCUGGAUCUCUCCCCUCUGAGCCUGGGCUCCCCCAAGAACCACAUGCUGCUGCGGAGCGAGCUGGGCCCCCGCUGGGGAGAGGGCCCCGGGGAGGGGCCGCCGCAGGCUGAGAACGGGGUGGUGAAGCGCCUGAGCGCGGUUCCCAACCUCUCCCGGAUGAUCUGGGUCCAGUCCCCGCAGCCGACAGACUGUGCCCAGGAGAGCGGCGGGCCCGGCUUGGAGUGCGAGGAGGUGGCGCUGGCCAAGGGUCCCGAGCAGCAGGAGCAGGCCCCCCUGGGGGGCAGGCAGAGGAAGACCAAGCGACAGAGCUGCCAGGCCAAGAAGGGAGAAUGCACCACGGUGCCCAGCGCCCAGGCCGGGCCGGAGAGUCCCAGCUCCAAGGGGCUGGGGCUGGGAGCCAGGCACCCUUCGAAGCCUGGCGGAGCGCCCUCGCUGCAGAGGACGAGCGGCUGCGUGGAGCCACCGGAGAGCGCCAAGGGGCAGGGCUGGGGCUGGGGCUGGGGCGGUUCCAGGCCAGAGAAGGAGAGGAGCAGCGAAUGGAAAGGCCGGAGGAGCGAGGGCAAAGCAGAGCAACCGGAGCUGACGCAGCCCCCUCCCCCUGCCGCUGGGGACCGGCCGCCCCCCCACCCCGCCACUCUGGGCAGCUCCCCCCAGCCCAAGGGCAAGAGCAGGAAGGGCAGGAGCAGGAUGGAGAAAUCCAACACGUCCAUCGAUGACGUGUUCCUGCCCAAAGACGUGGAUGGGGUAGAGAUGGACGAAACGGACCGAGAAGUAGAGUACUUCAAGAGGUUCUGUCUGGACUCUGCUAAGCAAACUCGGCAGAAAGUGGCCGUGAACUGGACCAACUUCACCCUGAAGAAAACCACUUCGAGUGCAGCUCAGUGAGGUGUGGGGGGAGCCCCAGUGUGUGCGAGGGGCCCUGUGCCUACCCCCCCAGCACCCACAGACACUUGCCUCACUGUGCCCCUCCCCCUGCUGGAGGGCCCCCUUUCUCUGUGGGUUCCUCUUCCUGUGAAUGUGGAACCCCUUCCCCCCGGGCCUGUCAGACCUGCACCUCCCCAGCCAGUCACAGCUCUCGGGCGGGGGGGCGGGGGACUCCCCAGCUUAGGCAGCCCCCCCCCCCAGUCCCUCUAGGGGAUUUUCUCUUCUCCCAGCACUCCGUUGGUGAUGUGCAGGGAGCCUGCCAGCGCCAGUGGGCAGCCCCCCGUGCCAGCCUGGCGCGCAGCCGGGGGAAAGGACCAUGCUGGACCUAAUAAAGAACUUUUUAAUUUUUUAUUUUAUUUAAAAAACCCAACUUUUUUUGUUGUUUGUUCCUGGCUUCCUGGGACACCCUAAGCCCCCCCGCUCAGCUGCCCUGCCAGCCUGUCAUAGGAGAUACCCACCUUCCUGCAGCUCCCUAGGGGGUCCAGCCGACCCCGUGUCCCAGCCCAGCUGAGGGGCUGGGCCUCAGGCAGGAGCUGCAACUUCCACUCUGCCUAGGGGCUGAGUCACUACCCAGCUGCCGGCCCUGAGCAGCUCCCUGGCUGCGAGGGGCACCCUGCACCAUACCGAGCACAUUGCAGUGUUCCCUUAGCCCAGCAGCACCUGCAGACGGGCCGGGGCCCCCCAGCCUGCGGGCGCUGCCCCCACCGCCCUAGAACUGCUCGACCCAGCAGCAGCCCUCCCCGCCCCCUGGCACCAGCCCAUGUGCUCACUGCUCUCGGGUUCCCAAAGGGCCAUGCCCGGCCGGGGGCAGAGUGCACCCACAGCAGCACUUCCGGGAGCCGGGGCAGGGACGCAGUUGGUACCAGCUCUCCCUCUGGCCAGCCCUAUGGCCAAGCAGGCCUGUGCACGCCAGGCUGCCGGGCCUGCUGAGGGGGCACUACCUGCUCCCCCCCCCCCCAAGUACAGGGUGAGGGCAUUUGCCCAGCCCAGCCCUGCUUUGGAUUGAGGGGAUCUAAGCAGGGCUUGGGCACCUCAGCUCAUGGAGCCUGGGGUAAGGGAUGCCCAGGACAGGGGCUGGGGGCUUUCUCUGCCCCAGGGAGCAGCAUGUGCACUCCACCUCCCCUCCCAGCUUGGGCCAAGUGGCACUGGGGCUGGGGGAAAAGAGGGUGCCAGGCAGAACGCCCCCUAGAACGCAGCCUGAGCUCUGCUGCCCGCUCCCUGUGCAGAUAACACCAGGGCUCCACCCUCGGCAGCUCGCUGGGUUCUGGUGAAUCCCUGGCCCACCAGGGCCCCUGCUUGUACCAUGAUCCCAGCCUGAGCCCUAUGUGACAGGUGUGGGAGCCACGGCAGGCUGGGGGCUCGGGUUGACCGAGCAGCGCCCCCCAUGUCUGUUCUCAGCACGUGUGUGCUGAAGGGCAGAGGGUCCCCUCCCCGCACACAUGCCCUGCGUUUCCCACACCAACCUACCCCCUUAGUGAGCUACAAUGGAAGCAAACUGCUGAUCUCUUGACCACGAUUUCUGGUGCUACCCCGGUCCACCAGCCUGCAGGGGGCUGGAAGGGUGCCGCUGCCCUCACCCCGCCUGCGGAGGGAUCGUGCUGCGCAACCAGCCACGGCCAGAUUGGCUUCUCUGGUUUUUUUAAUUAUUUACUUUUGAUACUGUGAAAAUCUUUCAUGCUGAAAGAUAAAAUGC